AUGGCCAUUGUGAUCGCAGCAACACUCGUAGUAGUUUUCACCUGCGGCUUUGCUUUAGGAGUUGAACGUUUGACUACCAGCGACAUUCAAGAAAUCUUGCAGAUCGGAGGAAAUGUGAGCGUGAUAGAAAUACCUACCAAAUCCGCUCGACAACUAGACGGUUCGCCAGAAGAUAGUAUCGAAAACUUUUUUAAAUCUCACGAAAUAUCCCUGGAAGUUCCUCUAAUAGCGUCGACGGUGACUUUGGACGGCAGGAGCUUGGACAACGAUGAAUUUGGUGUAAAAUUGCGAAUGGUUUCCGAUGAAGACGUCGACGGUCGAAGCAAGAAAAAACGCAUACGAAGGAUUUUAACUCCGAUCCUUGUGGUUCUGGUACUCAAAGCGAUCACAUUUAUCCCUCUAGCUUUGGGUGUUCUCGGUAUUAAAACAUGGAACGCUUUGCAACUGUCGUUUGUUUCUUUCGUGGUAUCAGUCGUACUGGCUGUUUGGAAAUUCUGCCAUAAAGUUGCGGAUUACCAUCCACCUACUAUAAUUCACGAGGCUAUUCACGACGUUCAUCCCCACCUGUACCACGAUCACCACGACCAUCACGUGGUACACCACGACCACGACUAUGACCACGUCCACCAUGGCCAUCACGACCACUGGGAUCCACACUACAGGUCCGAUCAAGCCCAAAAUCUAGCCUACAGUGCUUACACGCCGGAGAAGUGA